UUUGCGACGUCAGACAGAGUUUCCGGUUUGUUUUUCCAGUUGAAAUAUUUCCUUGUUUAGAGGAGUAGUGUCUGUUUAUUGUUUCUUUAUAAUUUUUUCUAUUUUUUAUUCAUUGUCAGAAGUUUCCUGUGAAAAAAUGAACCGGCUUUUUGGACGGGGAAAACCGAAAGGUCCUCCACCGAAUCUGACGGACUGUAUCGGGAACGUGGAUGGAAGAGCAGAGUCUAUUGAUAAGAAGAUUUCCAGACUUGACACAGAGCUUGUUAAGUAUAAGGAUCAAAUGAAGAAAAUGAGGGAGGGGCCUUCAAAAAACAUGGUUAAACAGAAAGCUUUGAGGGUCCUGAAGCAAAAAAGAAUGUACGAGCAGCAGAGAGACAACUUAACGCAGCAGUCAUUCAACAUGGAACAGGCCAACUAUACAAUCCAGUCUCUUAAGGACACAAAGACAACAGUGGAUGCUAUGAAAAUUGGUGCCAAGGAAAUGAAGAAAGCUUACAAGCAAGUGAAGAUUGAUCAAAUUGAGGAUCUGCAAGACCAGCUUGAAGACAUGAUGGAGGACGCAAAUGAAGUCCAGGAGGCCCUGAGCCGCAGUUACGGAACACCAGAAAUCGAUGAGGAUGAUCUGGAAGCAGAACUGGAUGCCCUGGGCGAUGAGUUGUUACUCGAUGAGGACACUUCAUACUUGGACGAUGCAUCAUCUGUACCUGCCAUUCCUGAGGGGGUUCCCAGCGACACAAAAACAAACAGGGAGGGUGUCCUGGUGGAUGAGUUUGGCCUACCACAGAUCCCUGCCACAUAAGAGGCAAAGACUAACUGAAAUGUAAAAAUCCUGAACACUCUUUUAUAUGUAAAAUAUCAUUUAUAGCUUUUAUAUUUCCUUCUAAAAAAAUCUUUACUGAAACCUGUUGGCAAGAUCCUUGUCACUACACGGGAAUGUAGGUUUAAACUAUUCAUUGAUAUAAAGUUUUUUUAGUUUUAAUUAAGCAAAAGGUUAUUUCUAACUUCUUACUUCAUGCUUGGUGCAUUUACUGCUGCGCAUAGAUACUUGUCUAAUGGAUAAUAUAAAAUGCUUGGUGGUCGUUGCUCAUCCUUACUGCAAUUGUAGACUUUUUUUGAUUUGUAACAUUUCUUGGUAAGUGGCUGCUUACAUUCUGUAAGAUAAACCUAAGUAACUCAUUUAAUAAAAAUAUAAAUUGUA